AUUGGUUCACCGCGCAACUUAUACUUCUCACCAUCCGUCAAAUAUGCCAGGGUGAAAUAGCUGCAUUUUAUCACGCGCUCCUUGCGACCUGGUGAAAGUGGAAAGACAGGCGUCCUGGUUGCCUAAAAUGUGCUAACUUUUUAUUAAUGCUGCAUAUAAAAUCCAUGAUAUAAUUUUAUACUGGUUGUAAAUCGUAUACUGCAAUGCAGGGUGUUGAUUCUUAUGCAAGCUCUUAUUCUGAGCGCCAAGAGUCGGACGAAAAAUUGUCUCACAAGAAAUCUAAGAAAAAGAAAAAGAAGCACGAGAAAGACGGUGAACAUCACAAGCACAAGAAGUCGAAACACAAGAAGGAAAAACGGCAUGGAUCUAGGGAAAGACGUGGGUCAAAUGACAACAGACAUGAUUCAAGUAGACAUGGCUCAAGAAAGAACAGUCUUUCAGAUCAGAUGCAAACACUGUAUAGGCAAGGAGGCUUGAACAACCAGCACGCAACAUAUACUUCAUUGCAUGGCAGUCACUUCAAGGAACAGAUUACGGUGAUUAACAGUCCUACAACAUUGUGGCCUGUAACUGCUGGAAACACCUACAACAGUCUAGGUGCAUUGGUUCAUGGCAACACACCAUCUCCUAUUAGUUACUCACCUAUUGGAACUCCACUGGGAGUAGCUCCUAAUGUACAUGGUUCAGUGCUUAUUGGCAACCACAUUACCACACCUCCGUUGUCACCAGGAAAUUUUUUACAACUGAGAACUGUAGGAACAGUAGUUCCAGCUACUUUAAAUAAUGCAACUGCUCAAUCCCAUCAUGCCAUACGUUUACAGAGCACUCAAGCUAAUCAUUCCAAUAAUAUAUCUCUUUCACGUUGUGAUAGUGCGACUCGUGGAGUGUCAACAGUUUCAUUAGUAAAUAAGCAGCCAUUGCCAGCCUUUUCAAAGCCACGUCCUGAUAGGUUUUUGCCCACGUCAAUGCUAAGCAAUAUUUCACAAGCUAUUACAAGUACCUCCAGUAGCAAUAUCGUCAAAACUGAACAAUCAAAUAGUAACACACAAGUACAGCAACCAUCUAGGGGUUAUAAUGAACUUGGUGAUUCAACUGAGAAAACAAGUCAAACAAGCACUUAUACUGCAAACAGCUUACCUACACCGUCACAACCCACUAGUAUCGCACCAGACUUAGCAGCGAAACAUAUCCCACCAAAUCACAUCAGAUUUCCACCAAAUCAGGUGAGAUAUCCUCCGCCAAAUCAUAUGAGACAUACAACACCAGACCAAAUCCGACAUCAAUCUUUGGACCAAACGAGACAUGCCCCAUCAGAUCAAAUCAGGCUCUCUUCUACAGAACAAAUGAGACUUCCACCUCCAGAUCAACUAAGACUCCCCCCUCCUGGCCAAAUGCAUUAUCCUCCUCCUGGUCCUAUUAGGCAGCCUCCACCAGGUAUGCGUCUCCCACCACCAGAUUUUAGACUUCCUCCACCUAACUUGCACCAACGUCUACCUAAUAAUCAACAGCCAUCUGAUAUUCAUCGGCCACCUAAUAUUCAACAACUACCACCUGAUAUGAGCCAACCACCAAACUUCAAUUUUCCUCCAGAAGGCUUUAGGCAACCUCCUCCAGGUCAUUUUCAAACAGGACCACCUGGUAGAUUUAGACCUCCACCACCAAAUAUGGGAUAUCCACCUCCACCUUUUAACCCUCAGCAGCCUGGUGUUUUUCAGCAACCACCGGCAUCAUUGCCUGAAAGAUUUCACCAUUCUCAUCCUAACUUUCAGCAGCCACCACCUGAUAACUUUAGACCACCUCAAGGUAAUAUGGCACCAUCAGUGUCUACUGCAUACAGACCUGGCCAAGGGAACUUUCCACCUUCUAACAAUAAUAGUUUUCAUCAAGUACGACCUGCAAAUUCACCAAAUGAUUACCAUAUGCAGCAACAGCCUAGUUUUCCACCACCAGGGAAGUUUCCUCCACAUAUAACCCCAGAUUUUUCUGUACCUCCACCUAAUUUUAAUCAGACUCCUAACCAAGCACCACAUCAGAGUUUCAACCAAACUUGGCCUAAAACAGAAGAGCAUAGUAUCGACUCUCAAGUACAUCCAAACCAAUCUGGUCUUCCAUCAAAUCAAAAUUAUGAUCAAAUACAAAAUCAACAUAACUCACUAAGUGCAAAAGCAAACACCCUUGGAAGUGCUGACUAUACAAAAAUUGUACAAGCAUUAGAGACGUUAAAGUCAGGCAAUGUAAUUGACAACAAGGCUGGUAGUAACAGUCCCCACAUACAAGCUAUUUCUCCUGAACCACUGUCUCCUCUUCGUGAAGAUAAAAGACCAAAGAAACAUAAGAAGCACAAAAAAGAGCGGAAAAAAGAUAUAAAGAAGAGAUUGGAAGCAAGAUUAGCAGAACUUGCUACUUUAAAUGAAGCAGAUGACGUUACAGAUUCUCAACCACCAACAUCUUUAUCAAUUCAAAUCAACCCGAAACAGUCAAAAUUCAACCUAAAGAUUGAGUCACCUGUUCUUAAAGGAAAUGUUUUUCAAAAAUACAAAGCAACACAGCUGUCUAGGAUGGACUCACCUUUGUUUCCAACAAAAAAUAUAGAACAUGGUGAUCGAAAAUAUCGAAAAGUAACAGAAAGUGGAAAGGAUGAUGAGCAGGAAGAGGAGGAGAGCAAAAAUGAUGAAGAUGAUGAUGGCUUGAAGACUAAAGAAGAUUUUUUAAAGAUGUUGGGGAUUGCGCAAGCAGUGGGUAAAGAAGAUUUAUCUAACAUUCAUAGUGGAUCUGAAGAAGGAGAGGUAUUAAGUGAUGAAGAGUUGGAAGAACGACAAAGAAUACGGGAAAUCAUACAGAAAGCUAAAGAAGAGGCUAUUAAAAGCAAUUCACCACCCUUGUGUAAUUCCUUAAACCAGUCAACGCUUUCUAACAAACAACAGCUAGCUAUGAAUGAUGAAGGCAAACAUGUUGACAAUAUGAAGAGUGACGAUGGCGAACUUAGUAGUGAUGGAGAAAUUAGUUCAGAUGGUGAAAUUAGUGAGGAUAGCCUUGAUGCUUUUGGAAGGUCUAAAAAAUUAAGAGAAGGAGGCUUUAGUGACAAUGAGGAGAAAUAUCGUCAACAGGGGUAUAGUUCUGGUUCUGACAGUUCUUCAAAUGAAGAUGAAGAAAAGAAUCGGUGGGGAUAUAGUCCAAGAAGAUCACCUGAAAGGGGUAGUAAAUCACCAAAAGAGGGAAGCAGUCGAUCAGCGAGUGCAAGUCCAGAACGACCUUCCAUUCAACAAGAACCAGAUAGCGUAGCAGAAGAAAUACCUCCAAAAUCGGAAGAACAGUUAGCUGAAGAAGCAAAAGAGCAAGAGCGCAUGCGUGCUGAAAUUGAGAAAGAAGCUGCUGAGAGAGAGCGACUGCGUUUAGAAGUUGAAAAACUUGAAAGUGCUAUUGACACUGAAGUUAUUAUUAAACAAGACCCAUCGAAAAUAGGUGCUGGUGAGUCAAGUGGUAGUGAAAUCAGUGAAGACGAAGAUGACACAGUUGAUGAUGUCACUGUCAAUGACUCUAAUUUAGCAAAAGGCAAACCACCUGAGGAGGAUGAGAAGGAAGUGAUAAAACGACAACUAAUAGAAAAACUUCAGCAAAAAGAAAAGAUUAGUCAAUCCUCAGCAGAUGUUGAUAAGAAAGAAAUAUGUAAUGAAAUUUCUGAAAGUGCAAAAGUUGAUACUAGUGAUUAUGUUGAUAUUUUCGCGGAUUCAGGGGACGAUGAGAAACAAAAUAGUGAUGUGGAAGACGUUGAAAAGAUGGAGACAAACGAAGUACAAGGUUUGGACGUUAAGAAAGAGGAGGACGUAGAAGUGGUGCCAGCACAAGAGAAAGAUGAAGUUGAUGUUUCCAUGAGCAAUGAGCCUGCUGAAGAAUUUGAAAAAACAUUAAAGACUUUAUCUAACAUUAAAAACAAAAUGGAAGAUAUGACUAAGGAAGAGCUGGAAGAAGCCUUAAAAGCCAUUCCUUCUCUAACUGAUAAUACGACGUCGAAUGAUGGGAGAUCAACUCCAGUGCAUUUACGAGACAUUCAAAUUCCACUCAAGUCACUUACUGAGUAUGUCCAUGACAAAAGAGCAUUGUAUAAACAGGUGUUUAAAAAUAUUAACAAAAAAGAAUUUAAAUUCAUGCUGCCCAAAUACUUGCGUAAAUUUGAUGUGAAAACUGUUCGGAAUUGGUGUCUCGAUGAAAUUGAAAUUAUUUCAAAGAAACGAUUAAAAGCUUUGAUUCUCAACCAAUGCCUAGCUUCAUCUUCUAGUGAAUCUGAUGAUGACAGUGAUGAUGCAGAAAAUAAGGCUGGUCCUGUUGUUGCUGUAGAACUACCUGUAUCAACAGAAGUCAAGAUGAACGGUGAACAAAACGAUUUAGCUGAGAAAAAAGAAUCCAAAAAGACUAAGAAGAAAGAAAAGAAAAACAAAAAAACCAAGAAGAAGAAAGAAAAGAAAAAAGAAGACACUUCUACUAUAUUUCAAGUGGAUACUAAUAAGCAAGUAGUUGAUUCAAACCAUGAUGGAAACUUAAACAAAGAAGCUGAAAACAAAGUUGUCAAUGCGAAGACGGAAAUAGAUGUACCUAAUAAACUUCAAGAAAAAAGUAUACCUCCAGAAGAAAGCGUUACUGAUGAAAUUAAAGUGGAGACAGAAAAUGAGACUACUUCGUUGGAAGAAAAACAACCAGAGAAAGAGGUUAAAAUUGAGAAUGUGAAUAUACAGAAUAAUGGUGAUGGUGAUGAUGUGAAAGCUAGCAUACAGAGUGAGAACGUUGAUGAAGAGAUUCAAAAAGAAAGCGACAAGACGGAACAAAUAAGUAAGCAAGAUGACAUGAUUGUUAAAGGUCAAUCUGAAGACCAGAAUAAGAAAUUAGAUCAAAAUGAAAGCAAAGAUGAAAGCAUGAAAGAAAAUACAUAUGAAGAAAAAGGUGUAUUUGAAGAAAAUAUGGAAGAGAAAGAUGCAUCCCCUAAAGAAGAGAACAUGAAAGAAAAAGUAACAGUAAUUGAUACUAAUAAAAAUGAAGGGGAAGAGGGAUCUGGAUCAGACUCUGCAUCUGAAGGUUCUGAUAGUGAUUCUGAUAGUGAUUCUUCUGAUUCCAGCUCGAAAUCGAAAUCUUCAGCGUCAGAAUCCGAUGGUCUUGAAAAUAUUAGUAGUGUGGAUGAGGACGAUCUGCGUAAAAGUUCCGAUGACGAUGAGGAUGACGACGACGAAAACAAUGAGAAGGAAGACGACGAUGAAGAAUCAGUUGACUCAGAUGAUGAAUCUAGUGAUACAGAAGAACAGCCAACACGAAAAAGAAGGGAAAGUGAAAGAAAACAUGACAAAAAAUCAGCACAAAAGUCUUCUAGCGAAUCUGACGAUACAUCUUCUGAUGCCGAUAGUGACGCCGACAAACCUACUGUUUCUAAAGAUCGACGACAUGUUGAUCGAAGGCGACGUCAUGAGGAUCACAUGAAGGGUAAAGUAGACGAAAGAACGAAACGUCAUCGCCAUGGCGAUAUGAGCGCAGAAGAGAAAAAAGCGCGCGCGAAAUAUCUUCACGAGAAAGAGAAAAGACGCCGUCACAAGGAGAUGAAAAUGCGAGAGCUAGCAAAGAAAAGAAAGAAGCAUAAAAAAGAAGAAUCUGACAGCGAUGAGAGUGAUGGCAAUGCUGAUGACGAUGAUGAUCAAAAACGACGGAAGAGGAUUCAAAGAUAUUACUUGGAAAAGGAGCGUCGAAAGCGUGAACAAGAAAAAAAGGAGCGCGAAGUAAAGAAAAUGCAGCAUAAACGCUCUAAGGAGGAGAGCUCCGACAACGAUGGAGAUAGUUCCGACAGUUCGAGUCAAGAUGACGGCGAUGACGACGACACUUCAUAUAGAAAUCAGAUGAGGGAUAUGAGUAGGGGAGAUUCUCGUGAAAACGAGAAUCGAGAUUUUAUGAAGUACUUAGCAAGAAAACGCGAACAAGAAAAAAUGGACCUGAGAAGGAAACUGCAAAACAACAACCAGCCAUCUAGAGAACAGUACGGCCAUGAUGCUCAAGUUCGUCGGCCCCAACAAAUCGAUCAUGCGAAACAGAAACCGGCAGGUUAUGAGGAGAGGCGUCGUAUAAGAGAAAUGGAGAAACGUCGCGCCAUGAUGCAACAAGGAGAGGAAAGAAGAGAUGCUGAUGUCCGAGUUGUGCGAUCGAGACAAAACGUGAAUGAACAUUUUGAUUAUAAUAAUCGAGGUAGACCGAGGUCGCGCUCUGGAAGCGGUCAGAGAACUGAUAGAAAACAUUCCAGAGAAUCGAGUGAGUCAAGGCGACGUUCCAGAGAUUCGAGUGAAACACGAAGAUCUCGCGAUGUGUCAAAGCGAAAAUCAGAACGCACCCGUUCGAAUUCAAGAGACUCGAAAUAUCACGAUAAUAAACGUCGAAAACAGCGUGGAAGUUCUGACGAAGGAAAUAAUACGAAACCACCUUCGUCAAAUUUGAGAGAAUUAGAAUUUCGCGCACGUGCGUUGCAGUCUUUGAUAAACAAAAAGGAAGCUUCAAAUAAAGCCAUAGAAUCUGGGAAAUCUCAUCGGCGUGGAGAUCGAUAAAACUUAAUCUUAUAUGGUUUUGCGUUAAAAGUAAUCCUCUGAAAGAACACUUAUAUAUAGAGUUAGUUUUAUAUUUUCUUUUGUAAAUAUUUCUCUGCGAUACAUUAUUUGUUUCAUUUCUGACACGUCUACAUUGUGUCCAUCUUAUAUAUAUAUGAUCACGAAGAUGAGUAGUUCACCUUAC